AUGAAGUUCCUCGCUAUUGGUGCACUGCUGCUCAGCACUGUCGGUGCUAUCGCAACUGAACAUAUCAUCAAAGGUGCUCAUAUUAUUCCUGCCAAGGAUAAGGCGGCGUUGAAGAAAAUUGGUGCCCAUGGUCAAAAGUAUCCGGAUCGUCGGACUGUGACUAUUCGUUCGUCGAAGAGUGAUACCGAUGAUGUUGCAGAUGAUUUCCUUUGGGGUAUCAAGGCUGCCAACCACGGUGGUAGACUUGUCCUGCAGAAGGGGAAGACUUAUAUCAUCGGCAAGAAGCUGGAUCUCAGCUUCUUGGAUAACAUUGAGGUGCAGCUUGAGGGUGAAUUGAAGUUCACCGAUGAUAUUGAAUAUUGGCAAGCAAACAACUUCUAUUAUGCCUUCCAAAAGUCAAUUACAUUCUGGGUCUGGGGUGGCAAGGACAUAAAGAUUUUCGGAAAGGGUACCCUGAAUGGUAAUGGCCAAGCGUGGUACAACGGCUUUGCUGGCCUGGAGAUUCUUGACUCGACAAAUACCUACUACCGCCCCAUUCUGUUUUUGACGGACAAUGCCACCCGUAUUAGUGUUGAAGGAAUCACUCAACUCAACUCGCCCUGUUGGACCAACUUCUUCGUUCGCACCAAGGAUGUCUCUUUCGACAAUGUGUAUAUCAAUGCCUUUUCCACCAACGCAUCUGCCCUGCCCAAGAACACCGAUGGAUUUGACUCCUUGAACGUGGAUGGCCUGAGCGUCACCAACACCCGCAUCGACAUUGGCGACGACUGCUUCUCGCCCAAGCCCAACACCACGAACAUUUUCGUGCAGAACCUUUGGUGCAACAACACCCACGGUGUGAGCAUGGGAAGUAUUGGACAGUAUUCCGGAGUCGAAGACAUUAUUGAAAACGCCUGGAUCGAGAAUGUGACUCUGUUGAACGGCCAGAACGGCGCCCGCCUCAAGGCCUGGGCCGGACCCGAUGUCGGCUUUGGUCGCAUCAACAAUGUCACCUACAAGAACAUCCACAUCGAGAACACCGAUGCCCCUAUCGUGUUGGACCAGUGCUACUUCAACAUUAACAGCACAACUUGUGCCGAGUACCCAUCUGCUGUCAACUUCACCAACAUCAGGUUCGAGAACAUCUACGGUACCUCGUCUGGUAAGAACGGAAAAGUCGUUGCUGAUCUUACUUGCUCGCCUAACGCCGUCUGCUCUGGUAUCACUCUUUCCGAUAUUGAUAUCACUAGCCCAUCCGGUAGUCCCUCUGUGGUUACUUGUGAUGGAAUUGAUGGUGAUAUUGGUGUGGAGUGUCAGUCAAGCUCCGCUUGA